ACCAUGCGGAUGAUUACCUUCUUCUUGGUUGGACUGGCAGUCCAUGUAGUCUUCUUCCUUUCUAUCUUUGACAUCUACUUCACCUCUCCCCUGGUCCAUGGCAUGACACCGCAGCCAAUGCUGUUAGCACCCCCUGCAUCAAGACUGGUACUUUUAGUAGCUGAUGGCCUCAGGGCAGACAGCCUCUACACACUUCAUCCCAAUGGGUCAUCGAGAGCUCCCUACCUGAGGAGAGUGAUGGAGAACAAGGGCACCUGGGGUGUGUCACACACCCGUGUGCCCACAGAGUCUCGACCUGGCCAUGUUGCUCUCAUUGCCGGCUUCUAUGAGGAUGUCAGCGCCGUUGCUAAAGGCUGGAAGGAAAAUCCUGUGUUUGACUCGGUUUUCAAUGAGAGCAGACACGCAUGGUGCUGGGGCAGCCCCGACAUUCUGCCUAUGUUUGCCAAAGGUGCCAGUGGUGACCAUGUGUACACCCACACUUACCCAGCAGAGGAAGAGGACUUUGCCUCAAGGGAUGCCUCGAGACUGGAUGCCUGGGUGUUUUCUCAGGUCAAAUUGUUCUUCCAGUCAGCAAAAUCUAACUCCACUCUGAAGGCCAGUCUUCAAGAGGAUCAGAAUGUCUUCUUCCUCCAUCUACUGGGUAUAGACACUAAUGGACAUGCCCACAGGCCUUUGUCAAAGGAAUACAUAGAUAAUAUAGGUCUGGUAGACUCAGGUGUUGCAGAGCUGGUGUCCAUGAUGGAGGACUUCUUUGAUAAUGAUGGCAAAACGGCAUAUGUGUUCACCUCUGAUCACGGCAUGACUAACUGGGGGUCCCACGGUGCAGGCCAUCCCUCCGAGACCCUCACCCCUUUAGUGGUGUGGGGGGCCGGGGUAAAUAAUGCCCAACGAGUCAGUGACUCACAGCCAUACAACGACGGAUACCUGAAAGAUUGGAAACUGGAGCAUCUCCGCAGGGUAGACGUCAAUCAGGCUGACAUUGCUCCCCUCAUGGCUUCUCUUAUUGGAGUUCCCAUCCCCCUCAAUUCUGUGGGUGUGUUACCUCUGCUGUACCUGAACAACAGUGAGCAAUACAAGGCAGAGAGCAUGUAUACUAACGCUAUGCAGAUACUAGAACAAUUUAAGGUGAAAGUGGCUCAGAAAAAGGAGACAACCUUAUCCUUUCUCUUUACCGUUUACCCACUAUUGACUGAGUCAGAGCAGGCAGGAUUAAUCCGCCGGGUCAGAAUACUGAUUCAGUUGGAGAAGUAUGAUGAUGCUAUCGACAUGUGCAAGUCUCUGAUAUCCCAUGCCUUGGAGGGCCUGGUUUAUUACCACACUUAUGAUAGGUUCUUCUUGGGUUGCAGUGUGGUGUUGGGAUUUGUAGGAUGGACCUCAUAUGUGGUCCUACUGACUCUUAAGACCCAUGCUAGCCUCAGGAGACCACCCAGUCACACCAGUCAGGUUCCUGCCCGUACUCUGGUGAAGCUGUGUGUUUGUGUGACAGCAAUAAUCACAGUGUUCCUACUGAUUCAAAGGAGUCCUGUCACCUACUACGUCUACUGUCUACUGCCUGUCCCUGUAUGGUACUCUGUACUCAAGGAGUUUGGCACCGUGCUGGAUCUGAUUCAUUCGCUUCCCUCUCUUCCACUUUGUAAAUGUUUUGGAUAUUUUGUUCUGGUCAUAUUUGGGAUCGAGCUGUUGGUGGUGAGUUUCUUUCAUCGCGCUGUGCUCACUAUGGGCUUGGUUGCUCUGUCUCUAUGGCCCAUCCUGUCAGGACUCUACAGCAAAGCCAAGUUCCAUUCAGUGAGCUGGUUCCUGGGCUGUUUGUGUUUGGCUACUUUCCCGCUGAUGCCCGUUGUUGGUAGAGAGCCUAAUAUACACCUGGUCACCUGUGCAGGUAUACUCACCCUCUUCACCUCAGCAUGUUACUUGUGGUCGUCACGACAACGGACACCUUUGCACCUUAGUGAUACACAGCAGUUCUUCUCCCAGAUGCUCCAUGUGGCAGUGUGUGCAUACGUGCCAACUCUCACACACUCCAGCCUGCAGCAGAAACAGGGUCUGCCCCUCCUUAACCAGAUCAUCAGCUGGACCACAUUAGGUUCUUCUAUGCUGGUUCCACUCCUGAGUUCUACUCGCCUUUUUUAUCGACUGCUCAGUAUAUUCCUCUCUCUCACAUCUACAUAUUUACUGCUCAGUACAGGAUCAGAAGCCCUCUUUCCACCUGUGUUGUCGUGGUUGAUGUUUGUAUGGAUCAACAUUGAACAGGAGGCCAUGCUCUCUCAGGGCAUUUCUGGCAGGCAGGAGCUUUUCACCAUUGACUUCUCCGAGAACAUUGACAUCACUAAGAUCCGACAGCUAACACUGGACGACAUCAGAAGAUCGUAUUUUUUCGUGUUUUUCAUCACAACCGCUUUCUUCGGCACAGGGAACAUUGCUUCCAUAAACAGUUUUGACCCAGCAUCGGUCUACUGCUUCCUCACUGUGUUCAACCCCUUCGUCAUGGGAGGGCUGAUGAUGUGGAAGGUUAUUAUUCCGUUCAUAAUAGUGAUGUGCACGUUUGAGACCAUCCAAGUCGUCACACAGCUCUCAUCCAGAAGUUUGUUCCUCAUUGUCUUGAUCAUCUCUGACUUGAUGGCUCUGCACUUUUUCUUCCUGGUUCAGGACUAUGGGAGCUGGUUGGAUAUUGGCACAAGCAUCAGUCACUAUGUCAUAGUGAUGUCCAUGACCAUCUUCCUGAUGCUGCUCAGUGUGGUCACGCACAUCCUCACUUCACGCAGACUCAUCCUGUGGAAAAGACGCAAGAUGCACUUCACAUGA